GCAGCGGCCGCCUGGUCCGCCGGUGCUUUCUCGAGUCGCCUGGUACGCGGCUGCUGUGCGGUAUGCGCAUCUGUCGAAGUGAUCCUCGCGGCGUGAUCGACAAGUUACAUGUAUUUCUGUCCAGAGUUGCUUCCGGAAAUGUAUCCAUAUAUAUAUAUAUCCAAAAAAGUUGCAGUGCAGGAUUAAUAGGCAUUCUGCAUUAUUGAACGCACCCACUCAUUGAAUUCGACUGCCACUAGUACGCAACCCUUUUAAAAUGGCAUGCAGAGUUCAAUGCAAUUGAUAUCUGAGCAUUUUUCACUGCGCCUGAUAAAAAGAGACUUCAGCUCUCCUGACACUUGAUCAGACAGCGGUACCUGGAAAACAAAGGAACGUGUGUGUGUAUAUAUUGUACAGUCUCCGUAGUUUCCAGUCAUCACGAUGUACUGUACAGCAGAGCCGAACGGGAACGUAACAAUGAAUUCGGUGUAACAAGCACGUCGAGCAGUAGAUGGCGCCGCAAAGACGAUUCAGUCUGAGCAUCAAUAAAUUGGACAUACCUCGCGAAUUCUCAGCCCUCCCGCGAGGAGCCGAAGCGGAUGUAUUUCAUUGAAGAGCCCGAAGCUUUCUGAACUGUGGCGAGACGCUCUCUGCGCUGCCUGGGCGCAAGACCGAGGGAGCCCGUGCUGUUACCUGACGCGGUCACAAGCUGGGAGAGAGCAGGGAUGUCCUAUCCCCCGGGAGUAACAAAUGGAUCCUGUUUCAACGUUCCCGCCUGGCAUCUCCUCUGUUUUGCUGGGAUAAGCAAGCCCGAGUUAGCGGUAGAGAGGCGCUCUGUCGUAAUUACUGUAAAGUGAACUGCGCAGGGUUGCCUGAUGGUUCAAAAGCAGAGCGGCAUGCCAUCGUCUACCAGCGAGCGAUUGUACACUUCAGUGAUACCACUGUGAACCUCAGGAAGCGCUGAGCUCCUAGCAAGUCUGGGAGAGUUGGGGUGGGAGGGGGGAAUCAUUGCCGUCGAAGUCAAACUUGUGGAUAUAAUUUGUAGCCCGGCUCUGGAGGUGCGUUAUAGUAGGAUUUUCUUCCAUCGCAGCCUGAACCAGCCCACUUCAGCUAGAAGCUCCGUGCGUCUUAGUCUCUCCGGCGAAGGACUGAAAUUCGGGUGUACGAUGUCCGAGCUCGGCUGCACGCUCGGCUUUUUGGGGAAAUGAUUGCUGUGAACACGGACGGUAAAAUAAUGGUGAGAAGAUGCCUGGUGACGUUCAAGCCGUUCAGGAUUUUCGUGGUUGGGAUUGGAUUCUUCAGUCUGUGCUUUUUAAUGACAUCCCUGGGGGGCCAAUUUUCAUCCAAGCGAUUGGGAGAUUCUCCAUUCACCAUCAGAACAGAAGUGCUGGGGGGUCCGGAGUCCCGCGGGGUCCUGAGGAAGAUUAGCGACAUGCUGGAGGUGGUGAUGAAGCGAGUAGACGCUCUGUCGAAGAUGGGCAACAUCAGCGACUCCAGGAGACUGGAUGAGCUGAGCUCUGCUAUUAACAGGUUCCAGCCUGCUGGGCUGGUCGAGCGCAUCCAGGCCAUCGCCCAGAACGUGUCGAACAUGGCCGAAAAGGUGGAACAGAUCCUGCAGCACAGCCUGACCGCUGGGAGAGUUAGAGAUGGAAUAACUGGCCAGUGUGAGAUUCCGAAAGAUCCCCGCUUCCCAGACUGCCCCAGUAAAGUGGAGUGGAUGCGUGCCCGUUGGACCUCUGACCCCUGCUACGCCUUCUAUGGGGUGGAUGGCUCGGACUGCUCAUUCCUCAUCUACCUCAGCGAGGUGGAGUGGUUCUGCCCCCGUCUGGCCUGGAGGAACCACACCAGCCCACCGACUUACAAACCCCAGGACAAGAGACAGGCGGCCUUCCGCACGGACAUCGCAGCCCUGUUGGAGCAGGUGGGCACUGGAAAAGAGUCCCUGAGCUUCAUGAAAAGGAGAAUCCGCAGGCUGGCAUCGCAGUGGGGCACGGCCGCCCACAGACUGGAUCACAAGCUCCGAAACCCAUGGAGACAGCAGAGGAAGAUCCUGGUGCACGUGGGCUUCCUGACAGAGGAGUCUGGGGACGUGUUCAGCCCCAAGGUCCUUAAGGGGGGUCCCCUGGGGGAGAUGGUGCAGUGGGCCGACAUACUGACGGCGCUCUAUGUCCUGGGACACAACCUGAAAAUCUCCAUCUCUGUCAAGGAGCUGCAGGGAUUUCUUGGAGUACCACCCGGUAGAGGAAGCUGCCCCCUCACGGGACCUUUGCCCUUUGACCUCAUCUACACCGACUACCAUGGCAUGCAGCAGAUGAAGCAGCACAUGGGUCUCUCGCUGAAGAAGCACAAGUGCCACAUUCGAGUGAUAGACACUUUUGGCACGGAGCCGGCCUAUAACCAUGAGGAAUACGCCACCCUCCAUGGGUACAGGACCAACUGGGGCUACUGGAACCUCAACUCCAAGCAGUACAUGACCAUGUUCCCCCACACCCCAGACAACUCCUUCAUGGGAUUCGUAUCAGAGGAGCUGAACGAGACGGAGAAAGCCGACAUUCAGAGGAACAAGGUCAACAACAUGGCAGUCGUGUAUGGCAAAGAGCCCAGCAUGUGGAAGCUUCAGGGGAAGGAAAAGUUCCUGCAGAUCCUGCACCGCCACAUGGAGAUCCACGGCACUGUGUACUACGAGGCACAGCGGCCCCCGGAGGUGCCCGCCUUCGUCAAGAACCACGGGCUGCUGCCACAGCAGGAGCUCCAGCAGCUCUUGCGCAAAGCUAAGCUCUUCAUUGGAUUUGGGUUCCCUUACGAAGGUCCCGCCCCUUUAGAGGCCAUAGCCAAUGGGUGCAUCUUCCUGCAGCCCAGGUUCCGCCCACCCCAUAGCUCCCUCAACCAUGAGUUCUUCAGAGGCAAGCCCACGUCCAGAGAGGUCUCCUCCCAGCAUCCCUAUGCGGAACAGUACAUCGGGAAGCCCCACGUCAUCACAGUGGAUUUCAACAACUCCCAGGAGUUUGACUCGGCCAUCCGAGAGAUCAUGAGGACGAAGGUGAAGCCCUACCUGCCCUACGAGUACACCUGUGAAGGCAUGCUGGAGCGCGUGCACGCCUACAUCCAGCACCAGGAUUUCUGUGCUCCCACGGUUCCAUUUACUCCAACAAAUUUCUCUAAGUCCUUGCCGGGGGUCAGACGCAGUCCCUUCCUCCUCCUGCCCGACGCGGCAGGGCUGGCCUGGGACCCCAACGUUACAGCGCCGCCCUCCUGGCCGCCCCUGAGCGCCCUGCGGUUGCUCGUGUCGGAGGAGGGGCAGUCCUGCACGGACAAGUGUCAGCGCCGGGGCCUGAUCUGCGAGCCAGCCUUCUUCAGGUUCAUCAACAACAAGGAAGCGCUGAGCCGGCUGGAGGUGCAGUGCGAGGGAGUCGAGUCGGAGAUGAACCACAUCUUCCCGGCAUUCUCCGUGAGCCGCCGGGAAUGCGGCCUGCAGAAGGAGCCGCUGCUGUUCAGCUGCGCGGGGCUCAACAGCAAAUACCGCCGCCUCUGCCCCUGCAGGGACUCCCGCAAGGGACAGGUGGCGCUCUGCAGGGACUGCUUAUGAUGCCCUCCUUCACCCCCCCGCCCCUCCCCCAGCACAGCUGAGACGUCCCGUCCCCGCCUGGAGGGACACAGGGUGGGUGGCCCUGCGCUAUUCGGUGGAGCUGGCGCAGUUUCGUUUUUAUUUCUAAAAGGGCGCAGCAGUGCGACUGGGUACCCGGCACCAUUUCAGUUCAGACUAAGGGAGAUUCUGAUAGUCCUGCACCACGCUGACCCUUCUGUAAACACUGUUUGGAUCUCUCUGACAAAAAAAUGGGAUAUCUCUCUGGACGGAGUUUGGUGGAGCUGCCAGACUCAUCCAGGACCUUAAAGCUGCGUCACCUGCAGACACUUCGGAGGAAACUGUACCUUUUCACCUUGGAUUAAAAGGCAGCUUUUCCCAAAACGUUGGACCCGGGGUUUCAAAUCCCUCUAAUUGUUUGGAGAAAGGAAAGCCCAGCCUGUUCUUCACUCAGGAAAGAGCAUUUUCAGAGGCAGAGCUGUCUGGAAAGGAGCCCUUCCUGGAGACUGGGAGACGCACUAAGAUGUCGUGUCGAAGCUUCGGAUUCAGAUGGACUGGGAUCAAACAAUCUGAUGAUGAUUUCAGACUCGGUGGCCUUUUUUUUCCAUCUGUACUUUUUUUUCUGAGCAUUUCAGUUAGGAAAGUUGCAUUCAUUUUUAACCUCAAGUGAUCAUUUUCUCCCACGACCUGUGCUUAUUUUCAGAUUAGGCUUUUUCUGUCAGCUGUCUACAGAAUCCCACUUGACAUGACUGUCCAGAGGCUUGGCUGGAGGAACAGUCUGGUUACAGAGUCACGACAAGAGUCUUCACGAUGAAUCGCCACUGCUUCAGUCAAAAAUAUCUCUGCCCCAGAAGCAAAAUGGGCUGUGGUUUGUGGUCAAGAAUUUAGGACUGUUCAGGAAUCCUGCCUGGAUCAUCGAACCCAAAGCAUACAAAGUUAACUGACAGUUGGUCCACCCCAUUCUCUCCUCCUGUGGGCUCUGUGAAAGACUGUUUACCUGGGGACAACUGGUAUUCGUAAUGUGAAGGGAGUGAGAUAUCCCAGUACCAGACUUGAGAGAGAACAAAGGUUAUUUUUGAAAAAGGAGACAUUGCAAAUGGCUCAGAGUGGAACUGAAGAUUUUUAAAGGGCCUGGGUUUGUAAAGAAAAAAAAAUGAAAAUCUAAAGAGAGUCUUUUAUUUACUUUUUUUGUGCUUC